AUGAGAUCUCUACAGCUGCUCAGAGCCCCCUUCCUGUGCGGCCUGCUCUGGGCCUGUUGUGCCUCAGGUACCAGGGCCGAGCAGCAUGGGGUCGGUUCUUCCCAUCCCGGCAGCAUGGGGCUGGAUAAGCACACGGUGCACGACCAAGAGCAUAUCAUGGAACAUUUAGAAGGCGUCAUCAACAGACCUGAGGCGGAGAUGACUCCACAAGAGCUGCAGCUCCAUUAUUUCAAAAUGCACGAUUAUGACGGCAAUAAUUUGCUUGACGGCUUAGAACUCUCCACAGCCAUCACUCAUGUCCAUAAGGAGGGCGGGAAUGAACAGGAACCACCAAUGAGCGAAGAGGAACUGAUUAAUUUAAUAGAUGGUGUUUUAAGAGACGAUGACAAGAACAAUGAUGGAUACAUUGACUAUGCUGAAUUUGCAAAAUCACUACAGUAG